AGUGGGGAGUCCCCGGUAGAAUCACUUAAUGUCUCACUCUCGUGGCGUGCGUCUCGGAGGAGAGGAGGUGCUGUAACGGCAUUAAACAGCAGCGGUGCAGCUUGGCGGCUGGGGGUGGGGGGAAAGCGAGUGCGGUGGAGACCCUUCUACUUCAAUAGCAUUGUAACGUAAAACGGGGAUAAAUACGCGGUUCAGGGUUCACCGCCUGGAAGUGCACGCUGGAACCUCUUGUUUAAGGAACGGCUUGUCAAGUGGCGUAUUCAUGAAUCUCAUUUGAAGGCAUCGCGGCCGGAUUCAGUCUCCCUAUCUGGAACCCCGUUCCUUUUCGACUGCGGCAUUCAUUGAGUAGCGACCCUGGAAGUCAACAGGAGACCGAGGAGCAGCAGCGAUAGCAGCGGCGCAGGUCGAAGAGUCAAGCUGGGGUCCCCCGGACGGAGUCGUAGCGGCUGCCGAUAGCAUGGACGGUCUGGCCGUAGAAGUCCGCGGCUCCAACGGAGCCUUCUAUAGGGGCUUCAUAAAGGAUGUACAUGAGGACUCCGUUACAAUUGUGUUUGAGAACAAUUGGCAGCCUGAGCGACAACUUCCCUUCAGUGAUGUUCGACUACCACCACCUGCAGACUACCACAAGGACAUUGGUGAAGGAGAGGAGGUUGAGGUAUACUCCAGAGCUAAUGAGCAUGAACCUUGUGGUUGGUGGUUGGCUAGGGUUCGAAUGAUGAAAGGAGAAUUUUAUGUAAUAGAGUAUGCUGCCUGUGAUGCCACCUACAAUGAAAUUGUAACGCUUGAGCGAAUUCGACCGGUGAAUCCCAACAGCCCUGCCUCUUCAAAUAGCUUCCAUAAAGUGACAAUCCCCGUGCCUGAAGACCUCCGGGAAACCUGUUCGAAUGACUCCAUACAUAAAGACUUCAGGAAAGCUAUUGGAGCCAACUGCAUUUUCUACAGCACUGCCGGCCAUGAACUGAUAGUACUAUCCACAAGUGAGUCAACGGUGAAAAGAGCUUCCCUUUUAAGUGACAUGCAUUUCCGAAGUAUCCGCACCAAACUUAUGUUGAUGUCCCGAAAUGAAGAAGCAACGAAACAUUUAGAGACAAGUAAGCAGCUGGCAUCAGCCUUCCAGGAGGAAUUCCAAGUUCGGGAAGACCUGAUGGGGCUGGCAAUUGGUACCCAUGGAGCGAACAUCCAGCAGGCCAGGAAAGUACCUGGAGUGACAGCUAUUGAACUAGAAGAGGAAAGCUGUACCUUCCGUAUCUAUGGCGAGACCCCUGAAGCUGUGAAGCAAGCCCGUAUGUAUCUGGAGUUUGGGGAAGAUUUCAUUCAAGUCCCUCGCACAUUAGUAGGUAAAGUGAUUGGAAAAAAUGGGAAGGUAAUUCAAGAAAUUGUGGACAAGUCAGGAGUAGUACGAGUACGAAUUGAGGGAGACAAUGAUAAAAAAUUGCCUCGAGAAGAGGGCAUGGUUCCAUUUGUGUUUGUUGGCACCAAGGAGAAUAUUAGCAAUGCCCAGGCUCUCUUGGAAUACCACCUUGCCUACUUACAGGAGGUUGAACAGCUGCGUCUUGAGCGACUACACAUAGAUGAGCAGCUACGGCAAAUUGGAGUGGGCUAUCGGGCACCUCCUAGCCGUAGUGGUGGAACUAGUGGUGCUGAACGGGAAAAAGGCUAUCUCACUGAUGAGAGUAAUUCCUCCCUUCAUGGUACUCGAACUUACGGGGGUAGAGGACGAGGACGUAGGACUAACAAUCACAAUUCUGGAUAUGGUGAGAGAACAGAAGGUACAAAUUCUGAACAGUCAAAUGCCUCUGAAUCUGAAGAUGUAAAUGAGCGUGAGCCACGGCCUCGGGGCACAGGAGAGGAGAGAGCCCGUCGUGGAGGACGAGGUCGAGGAAUGGGACCUUCUGGCCGUGGCCGAGGAGGAUCAGGAAGUAGGCCACUUAACACUAUUAGUUCUGUACUAAGAGAUCCUGACAGUAACCCCUAUUCCCUCUUGGAUGGAGCUGCAGAGACUGACCAGACUGGAGACACCGAUGCCAGUGAAAGCCAAACCAGCGCAGAGAGACGUAGAAGAUCUCGCAGACGUAAAACUGACCAAGACCCCAGUGUAAUGGAUGGGGCUGUGGAAUCGGACAGUCACUCUGUUAGUGAGAAUGGCAUUGAAGAUGACAGCAAGCCCCAACGGCGGAACCGGAGCCGGCGCCGCCGCAACCGUGGGGCCCGGAUUGAUGGAGGCUCUGCAAGCAGAGACCGCCAACCAGUAACUGUUGCAGAUUACAUUUCCCGUGCAGAAUCGCAAAGCCGUCAGAAACUACCGCAGAAAAACAAAGCAGAGAAGCCUCGGGAAGAAGUGACACUUUCUACUGAGCCAAAGGAAAAAGGCAACAACAAAGCCAUCAAACGAACCCCCAGCUCAGAGAAGAAUAGUGGUGAAACUGACACAAAAGAUGAACCAGCAUCUCUCGUCAACGGAGUCUCGUAAAUGAAGAAAUGAAGAAUGAUGCGCUAAAUGAUGGGGCCAUGGCCUCAGAACCUUUUCUCUAUGGUGACCUGCUUGCAUUGAUGUUAACAGAUAAAACAUGAAACAAUACAAAUGAAAAAAAAAUCCACACAACCUACUUAACACAAACACUACGUACAAUAUGUAUCCUACAUAUCUAAGAAACAAUCUUUAGCUAUCUAUCUUAUCUAUCAGUACUAGUGCUUAUUUAACUAGCUUGCCAAAAAAGCUGAUGGAUAUGUUUUUGGUGUUUAAGGAAAAAAAAAAUCAACAGAAUGUGACAUUUUUCGUUUUCUUUUUGUUUGUUUUCUGACCGGACUGGACUUGGCUGCGCUCCCCUAUUGUUAGGUGGGGGUGGAGUUAGUGAGAGAGUAAUUGAGAAGGGAGUAGCUGGCAGUGGAUUGACUUUGGGUGGUGUUGGGAUGGGGUUGAGCGAGGGGAAAAAUAAUAAUAAAAAAAAAAAAAAAAACACUUCAAUGUCUUUAUCCUGGUUUUGACUUAAAAAAUAAAAUGUAGAGAGAGAAAACAAGCUGAAAUUAAAAAUUCUAUAUAUUGAAAUGAGACAUUGUGCCUUGAACUUGCAAAAGUAUUGUGUGUUCUGAAAUGAACUGAGAGGGCUUUUUUGUUGUUUAUUGGUAAGAGAUUGAGCAGGCCAAGAAAAAAAAAAGCGAAUGGAGGAGGACUGGAAAAGAGCAGUGCAGUAGAAUGGGUAGUCUGAUAAAGCAGAUCUGCUCUUUGGUCAUUUGUUGUAAGAAUAAAACGCGUGCCAAUUUUUACAAAGAUUGGCAUCAGCUGUUGGGAAAGAAGAGAACUGUAUAAUUCACUAGGGAAGAUAAGAUGCAAAGGAGGAAGAAGUGGGAUGCCAGACAGCACAUAGUCUAUGAAAAUGUGUCAAGUGAUGUGUUGUGGUAUGUGUGGUUCAAAAUGAAGGAAGAAAAAAAAUGAAAAUAAUAAAUAAAACACACUCCAGAAAACUUGGUCUUGUAAGUGCGGUUACUGACACUUAGCAGAUGCAUUGUGUAGAAUACUAGCUUAAAUUAGUAACACAGGUAGCCAUUCUUUUAUUUUAUUUUUUUUUAAGGAGGGAACAUUCUAUUUUUGUCAGCUUACAAUAAGGACCGUGGUCCUUCCAAGGUUAUUGAAAUGGUGAGGUUGCUUCUGCAGGUUUUGUGCACAGAAUGUUUUGAUUUUCCAUUCCCCUAACACAUUAGAGCUCUUACUGUCUGGGCUAGAAGAAUGAGGGACUAGUGGUAUUCCAUCUGUACUACAUGGCAAAUGUGUUGCUUUUGUCACUGUGUGUACUGUGCAACGCAUAGGGGACAUUGUGUGGAUAGGAUCAGUUGUGUCAUCCAAGCUGAAUUUUAGUUGCAAAUCGUAAAUCACAACACUAGACCUUUUUGCACCUUUGGAUGAAUUUACUCUGUAAAGCAUGCCUCUGUUAUACACAUGUGGCCAAGCAGAUUUUUCAACGUAAAUGGCUUGUGAAAUGUGCACAGCCAUUAAAAUGUGGCUCCAGUAUAUGCUGCUCUUAGUGGAAGAACGAUGAAGUGGGUGGACCUGCUGAACUUCAUGACUCACACAGCUUUGUGUGUAUUUCUUUUCUAUUUAUUUGUUGUACAGUAUUUAAAAAAAUGUUUAGCAGAAAAAGAGCAUUGCAGCUAAUGUAUCUCAUUAUACUGAGAUAAUAUGUAGAGAGAAUGUCUUUGGAAAGAUCUUGAAGUGCUACUGUAUUUGAAACAAUUAUUUUAGAUGUUAGAACCUGAAAUUUGGGAGUCUUUGUGCCAGUUUCAUCGCACUGGCAGUAAACCCCAUCAUGCAGCACUAAAGUAUUUCUUCAGACAGCUGUUCUUCGUUUAUUGGAAUAAAGUAUCUCCUCUUUAUUUGGCAGACAUGAGGGGCAGUAAGCAAGGUCACUAGACAUGCUGUGUGGAGUUUCUCGCCUUCUGAUUUCCCAUUUCAUGUAUUGCAAUAUAAUCCCAAAGAUGUUAGAGGCCACAUUCAGUAUGAGGAUGCCUUGAACAUCUGACAGCUCCAAGCUAAAACAUUGGCAGUUCAGUCUCAAUAACAUGUUUGAAGUAUAAGCAGGAAAAACUUUGUUGGGGCUGCAGUAGCGGUUAAUUUAAAUGCAAUUAAUGGGUCCAUUAGUGUGGUCCCUGCUUCAAGACCCAGUGUAUUGAUUUUUGAGUUGCUGAUUGCAAUUAUGGUAAACCACCCAAGUUGCAUAGUGGCCUAAGGCUGCCCCAAACAUUCCUGCCGCUCUACAGUGCUCCUCCUCUGCUUUUAUCUUAUUCAAAACUAACUUUCAGCUUGUGUGUGUGUGUGUGUGUGUUCAGUUUCAUUAUUUUUGUAUCAAGUCCUCGCAUGCGUUUUAUUUGGGUCAAAACAUGCUCUAGCCUGGAAGGACGGGGAACGGGAAUCAUUUAAGCCAUCUUUCAGGUGUUUCAUCUUCCUCCUUAACUGUGCAGCAAAGCUGGCCCUGUAAGAAGAUUAAAAAAAAACUUUUUUUUUUUUUAAAAUACAGUUCUCCUACCCUUUUUAUUUUAAACCAUUUGAAUCAUGGUGGCAAAGAAUAUGCCCUCUGAAUGUCAUUUGAUCUGUUACAGUAAGGGAAAAACUGCAUUGCAAGACAUGUAUUGAUUAUGGUGUUACUCCACAGUUGAUCAGUGUGAUACAGUGUUAUCCCACUUUUCUUGGCAAUAAGACUCCAAUCUCAAUGGAAAAAGACUCAAUAAAAAGGCUGUUUUUCAAAUUUGA